AGCCUCUGGCGGUGUCGCUAGUGCCUGAUCUCUCCGGCAGCGUGGGCGUUGCCCGCCGGGCCCCGGCUGUGUGUACACGGGCACUCGGCUCGCUGGCUGCUCACCGCCGCACUCACCUCCCGGCCAGGCGGAUGGAGAGGGCGAAGAGCCGGGGUUGUAAGCGGCCGUGGCUCCUUCGCUGAGAAGCGACCAGUUGGCGGCUGGAGCAGCGAAUUUGAGAAAUGUCUACACAUAGCUCCAGUGACAUCAAGCCUCCCUGCAUGCCUAGGAACGGAUUAGUCAAGAUCCCGGCCCAGUCCAAUGGAUUAGGCUCCGCCAGUAUCACCAAAGGAACCCCAGCCGCUAAAAACCGUCUGUGCCAAUCGUCCUCCAUCCCAACGUCACCUCCUCCACCUCCACCGAACUACAGUGACCUGGUGACUGUGGCCCAGGUGCCAUCAGCCUCUCUGUGUGCAGUGACAGACUCCAUACCACUGCUGGAAUCCAACUCUGACGAGAUCUUGCCAAGUACAUGCCAGUCGUCAGGGUCCAAAAGAAAACUCUCAAUCACUUCGAUGGAAGGACAAUUGCCUAUUUUGGACGAGAAGAUCCUCAACCGACUCUUCUGGUACUUUUCCUCGUGCGAGAGAUGCGUUUUGGCACAAGUGUGUAAAGUAUGGAGAAAGCUGUUGUACCAGGACAAGUUCUGGGAAGGCAUCACUCCCAUUCUCCACGCAAAGGAGUUGUACAAUAUACUUCUCAAUGGGGAAAAGGAAUUUGUCAAUCUGCAAGGAUUUGCCAUUCGGGGUUUUGAUUCCUUCUGCCUGAUUGGAGUGUCGGAUCUGGACAUUUGUGAAUUCAUAGACAACUAUCCUCUGUCCAAGAAAGGCGUGAGGUCUGUGAGCUUGAAACGAUCAACCAUCACAGAUGCAGGACUUGAGGUGAUGUUGGAGCAAAUGCAGGGACUGGCCCACCUGGAACUCUCUGGCUGCAAUGAUUUCACGGAAGCAGGGCUCUGGUCCAGCCUUAACGCACGGAUUACCUCCCUGAGUGUCAGCGACUGCAUCAACGUGGCGGAUGACGCCAUCGCCGCCAUCUCGCAGCUGUUGCCGAACCUUACGGAGCUGAACUUGCAGGCCUACCACGUGACAGACACGGCCAUGGCCUAUUUCACUGCCAAGCAAGGGUACACCACGCACACCCUGCGCCUGAACUCCUGCUGGGAGAUCACCAACCACGGCGUGGUGAACAUGGUGCACAGCCUGCCCAACCUCACUGCACUCAGUCUCUCGGGCUGCUCCAAGAUCACUGACGAUGGCGUGGAGCUGGUUGCGGAAAACCUGCGGAAGCUGCGCUGCUUGGACCUGUCGUGGUGUCCACGCAUCACGGACAUGGCACUGGAGUACAUUGCUUGUGACCUCCACAAGCUAGAGGAGCUGAUAUUGGACAGAUGCGUGAGGAUCACCGAUACAGGACUCGGCUAUCUAUCCACAAUGUCUUCCCUGCGCAACUUGUACCUGAGAUGGUGUUGCCAGGUGCAAGAUUUUGGUUUACAGCAUCUCUUUGGAAUGAGGAGUUUACGAUUACUCUCAUUAGCAGACAACAGGCAAGGAGAAGAAAAGGAGUCCCAAACUUUAUUUUGAUAGCUUCUUGAAAGACUUAUUAUCCAAGGUGAGUAUCGGGAGGUAUGUACAUUCCCCACAUCGUGGGUGGAAAGUGCCCAAAGAACUUUCAAAGGAAGUAAUAGUAGAAGUCACCGUGAAACGCCACAGAGGUACAGCACAAGGUAAGUAAAACCAUUUUAUUUUUAUUUCUCAGAAACUAUUUAUAGUCACACUCCAGCAGCGCUUGGAGUGGUGAGCAUUAUUGCAACCGAUCCUUUCACAGUAAUGACAAAGUGCCUUAUUUCACUCUUGUAGGUGGCAUAAACUCUCUUGGUGCUCUCCUCUCCACGUGCAUAACCUGAACAUCGACCCAUAACUCCUUCAUCACUUCACUCAACAUACUUCCAAUUCCCCCACUCUUCUACUGCUUAUCCGAGCCUUCCUUUCAGCUUAAGCACUGCAUGCAGAAGGCCCAUGCAUGUGCAAUCCCUGCUCACUAUCCAUUCAUAAUCCUGUCCUUCUCCAUCUACAGGAGACGAGAGCAGUCGAUAAAAGGGAGAGAGCUAGAGAGUUUCACUGUUGGCGUUAAACCAGUCAUGUGAUCCUCAUCCAGAUAGAACAGGAAACAACUUAAUUUUUUGGCACAGCAAGAAGGGACUGCUACAGCAAUGGUGAGACGCCAAAGUCCUUUGUGCAGAGUGGCUGGUUAUGGCUUGAACCUUGACAUGUACUGCAAGCAAUUGCAUUUUGGACAACUCUUAAGGUGAACCAGUGCGGUCAAGCUUUGAAUUUGUUAAUACUCCAGCUUCAAUGCCAUUCUAACAUGCCUUUCUCUUGUUUCUAGGUCCCAUUUAGUAGCAAGAACCUCAUCAGCAACCUGCAGAUGAGGGCAACAUCAAUAGGGCAACAUCAGUCCUGAGGAAUCACUGUUCUGCAUCACACAACUUUCACACACCCGCACAGUGACUGAUGCAAGCGAUGUGGGAUGGGUGGCAGUUGUCGACAAUAAGUUACAAGGGGCUUGUACCUAUAAAAUGCAAAGCACAAAUAAACAGGAGCAGCUAUUGAAUGACUUUAAUUUACGUCAUGCACAUGGCACGUUCACUGGCAUGAAACACAUCACAAGCAUCAUCCAAGACCUCUAGAAGAAUGGAGAUCAGUCAACUCAGACUUUCCAAUACAAUAUUGUGUGUAAAAAAUAAAGUUAACAAUCGAGAGGGGAUAAGAGUAUUUGUGACAGCCACUCACAAACUAACUGAGAUACUGGAGGACGAAUCCUGCACCCCAGUAUACAAAUUAAAGAAACAGAAAAUAAAAAGUAUGCUUUCACAAAGCAGCUCCAAGGCACCUCUGGUUUGCUUGAGAUACUGACUGUGGCUCACAUGUUGAUGUAUUUCAUAAAGCAGGCCUGACACAGGUGCCUGUUGUAACGUGAGCAUGGAGCCCCUGGAACCUGUUUCCCAGUUCAAUAUGAUCAGAGAUAAUAUGCAACCUUCCACAUCGCAAAUUGAACCUCUCCUUUAGAACCUGGCCCCAAACAGCAUGCAGAAGCAUCACCAAUAUUGCAUGCGGUGCAUUAUGAACUUGCAUACUCAUGUGCGUGACGUAUCGGAUGCCUUGUCUCCUUUUUCACUACAAGAAAACAGCACCAUCUCAAUGCAUUUCUUACCCUUCUUGCUGCAGCUCAUGUACAAACCUUGUCCAAAUUAAGUGAAACACUGGUGGACUGUAGGUAACCAUGGUAUUUUAUCCCAUUAUGACUCACAGUCUUUUAGAGGUGACUAUGAAAAGAAAGCAAAGGAAAAAAAGCUCUGGAAUAAUUAUGUAUGCAAAUAGAAUACUAAAUGAGAGCAUUUACCUAACCUACAUAACAGCCAGGUAAGAUUAUGAGAUAAUAUUGUCCUCAUUUGGGGAUUAAGAGUUUAAUCCCCACUCUUGUACUCCCCGGGUGUUGGCUUAUUAUUUUCAAAGCGGGGUGAAUGGGGUUAGGAAGGAGCGACAAAUCAGCCGUGAUUGAAUGGCAGAGUAGACUUGAUGGGCUAAUUCUACACCUAUUCCUUAUGACCCUAUGGUAACGCUGUCUUCUUGUU